AUGUCGGGAAAAACGUUGAGUGAAAAAGAAAAAGCUCUUGCGGGACUUCCAUACUUAGCUUAUACUGAAGAACUUGUAAAUGAUCGACUUAAAACUAGAGAAAUGCUUUAUGAAUUUAAUAAUUCUAAACCAGUUCGUCGUGAUACUGUUGAAUAUCGUGAGGGCAGGGAAAAAAUGAUUCGUCAACUAUUUGGUAGUGCUGGUAAAGAUGUUGAAAUCGAACCGCCAUUCUAUUGUGAUUAUGGAUAUAAUAUUCAUGUUGGAGAUAAUUUUUAUUGUAAUUUUAACUGUACAAUAUUGGAUUGUAAUAAAGUUGAAAUUGGAGAUCGUGUUAUGUUUGGACCAAAUGUUUCACUUUAUCCUGCAACUCAUCCUAUACAACCUGAAGAAAGAUCAAAAGGCCCUGAAUCUGCUCUUCCCAUAAAGAUUGGAAAUGAUGUAUGGAUUGGCGGUGGAGCCAUUAUUUGUCCUGGAAUUACCAUUGGGGAUGGGGUAACUGUUGGUGCAGGAUCUGUGGUUACUAAAAAUGUUCCAUCAUAUGUAGUUGUCGCUGGUAAUCCUGCUAAAAUUAUUAAGUAUUUAGAAAAGAAAGGGGAAGAUUAA